AUGGCAUUCACGACGAAAGAUAUUAACCCCCACAUUUCAUUUUAAUAUAUUGCAGCAGUUUGUUGAGAUUUUGAUCGAAGAAGGUGAAAACAUGGCCAAGUCUUUGAAAAAUACAGGAGGGACAGUUGUAAAAGAUUUAGUACCGUUUGUUAGUGAACAUACGCUGAAUGCAAUAUGUGAAACUUCUAUGGGCACUUCUCUACGAGGCCUUGGUGCGUUCCAGCAUCGGUAUCGAGAAGCAGUUUAUCGCAUGGGCGAACUUUUUAUUUAUAGAUUAGUGAGUCCAUGGCUGUACAGCGAAUGGAUGUUACUGUUAUCGCCGACAGGUAGAGAGCAAAGGAAGAUUCUAAAGAUACUGCAUGGAUUUACUGAACGA